AUCCUAAAUACAUAUAAAACGAAGGAAAAAAUCAAACCCAUUGCCUGUUUUGUGAUUCGACGACAAGAGAAGGAACAAAAAUGGAAAGUGCGUCGGAGUUGGUACCGUUUCCGUUGCUGAUGACGCCGAUCGAAUCCAACUACAGGGCUUGUACCAUCCCCUACAGAUUCCCUUCCGAUAAUCCCAAGAAGCCAACCCCAACUGAGCUAUCCUGGAUCGACCUCUUCCUCCUUUCCAUCCCCUCUUUCAAGAAAAGAGCUGAGAGUGAUCCUACGGUUCCUGAUGCUCCUGCCAAAGCUGAAAAGUUUGCUCAAAGGUAUGCUGAGAUACUCGAGGACUUGAAGAAAGACCCUGAAAGUCACGGUGGCCCCCCGGAUUGCGUCCUUCUCUGCAGACUGCGUGAGCAAAUACUCAGAGAAUUGGGAUUUCGUGAUAUAUUCAAGAAAGUCAAGGAUGAAGAAAAUGCAAAGGCUAUAUCCUUAUUUGAUGGUGUAGUUCAUCUUAAUGAUUCUAUUGAAGAUGAAGGUAAGCGAUUGGAGAAUCUGGUUCGAGGAAUUUUUGCUGGAAAUAUAUUUGAUCUUGGUUCUGCACAGCUUGCAGAGGUUUUCUCAAGAGAUGGAAUGUCCUUUUUGGCUAGUUGUCAAAACCUUGUUCCUCGCCCAUGGGUUAUCGAUGACUUGGACGCCUUCAAGGCAAAAUGGACCAAGAAAUCUUGGAAAAAGGCCGUUAUUUUUGUUGACAAUUCUGGUGCAGAUAUAAUAUUGGGUAUCUUACCAUUUGCAAGAGAGUUACUAAGACAUGGAACACAGGUUGUGUUGGCCGCAAAUGACUUGCCUUCCAUCAAUGAUGUAACUUACCCUGAACUGAUUGAGAUUAUAUCAAAGUUGAAGGAUGAAAACGGGAAGCUCAUUGGAGUGGACACUUCAAAUCUUUUAAUUGCCAAUUCUGGCAACGACUUGCCAGUUAUUGAUCUCACGAGUGUCUCUCAAGAACUUGCCUAUCUGGCAAGUGAUGCAGAUCUAGUUAUCUUGGAAGGCAUGGGUCGUGGAAUAGAGACGAAUCUUUAUGCUCAAUUAAAGUGUGAUUCUCUCAAGAUUGGAAUGGUGAAACACCCAGAGGUUGCCCAGUUUCUUGGAGGGCGGCUUUAUGAUUGUGUCUUUAAAUACAAUGAAGUUUUGAGUUAGUUACACCGAUUCCUUCUAACCCAUUUGUCAAUUAUCGGAUGCUCGCACAGGAUUAGAUUUUAAUGCCAUAUGUAGACUUUAGAAGUUAUCUUCUAUGAUGAAUAAAUCAUAGGGAAAGUUGUUAUGUAUCAGAUUUUAAUUAAUUUAAAGGUCGGUGCAUGGUAGCUUUUCCAUACAAAAUCAUUCUCAAACAUGAGCUUCUUAUUUGAUGUAUUCGAAUCUAUGAUGCCAUUCAUAUAUGUAAGAGUGUUUGCGCGCGCACGUUGGAUGGCUUUAGCCUUUA